UGUGGCCUCCCCUCCACGAAUCCUCCCUUCCCCAUCAUGGCUGGCGAGAGCCCUUUGGAGAUCCUGCAGCGGGAGAUCACCUGCUCCAUCUGCCUGGGCUACUUCAAGGAGCCGGUCUCCAUCGACUGCGGGCACAACUUCUGCCAGGCCUGCAUCACGCAGUGCUGGGGGCGGUCGGACGACGAGAACACGUCGUGCCCGCAGUGCCGGCGCUGGUCGCGGAAGAGGAGCUUCAGGCCCAACCGGGAGCUUGGCAACGUGGUGGAGGUGACCAAGCGGCUGCGGCUGGAGGCGGUCCACGCGCUGGCCGGGCAGCGGCUGUGCGAGAAGCACCAGGAGCCCCUGAAGCUCUUCUGCGAGCAGGACGAGACGCCCGUCUGUGUCAUCUGCAGGGAGUCGCGGGUCCACAAGGCCCACCCCAUGCUGCCCAUCGAGGAGGCGGCCCAGGAUUACAAGAAAAGAGUUGCCAUCCACCUGAAAGCCCUGAAGUACAGGAGAGAAAAACUGAAAGAGUCUAAAGAGGACUUGGAGUGCAGAACCCAGGCCGAUCAGGAUGAUGUGCAAACUGAGAAGCAGAAAGUAGAGUCUGAGUUUAAUAAAAUCCACGAAUUCUUGGAGAAGAUAGAGCGUUUCCUGAUUAUUAUGCUGAAGAAGUUUGACAAAGAGAUUGUGCAGAGGAGAGACGGAGCUUCUACUAAACUCUCGGAGGAGAUUUCUCGCUUGGAUACCUUGAUCACAGAUGUGGAAGAGAAAUGUCAACUGUCAGCAAGUGAAUUCCUGCAGGACAUCAGGAACAUUUUGAGCAGGUGUCAAGAAGGACAGCUGCCGCAGCUUGUGACAGUUCCUUCUUCUCCAACUGACCUGGAAAAAAAACUUGGACAUUUCAGCCUGAAAAAUAUUGUUAUCAAGGAGGCUCUGGAGAAAUGUCAAGAGAUAAUGAUAUCAGAAUUGGCAAAAGCAAGGACAAUGGAAACAGCAGCUAAACAAGCCAUCAUAACUCUGGACCCAAGCUCGGCUCACCCCACGUUUGUGGUGAGUGAAGACAGGAAGAGUGUGAAGCAGGGAACUGCGUGGCAGGAGCUGCCUGACACCCCUGAGAGAUUUGACACCGCCGUCAAUGUGCUGGGCUGUGAACGAUUCACCUCAGGCAUACACUACUGGGAAGUGGAAGUGGGGGAUGGGCAAAACUGGGCUCUUGGUGUCUCCUGGGAGUCAGUGAAGAGGAAAGGCGAUAUCAUCAUGUGCCCUGAGGAGGGGAUCUGGGCUUUGGGGCUCUGUGGGGAUCAAUAUAAGGCUUUUACUUCACCUGAGACAUGCCUCACCCUAGAUGAACCCCCAGAAAAAAUCCAGGUUUUUCUGCAUUAUGAAAGGGGUUGGGUGGCAUUUUUUGAUGCUGAUUAUAUGUCCCUGAUCUUUAUUUUCCAGUCAGCUAAAUUCCUGGGGGAGAAAGUCUGUCCUUUCUUUAAAGUGUUUAGUACAACUACAGAGCUUAAACUGUGUCCCUGAGUAGAGUUUCUAGUUCCAGGGUGGGGCUUGGGGAGAGGGUUAAACCUCAGUCAGCUAUAAAGCUAUAGACUCUCCCCCUCCAAAGCUGCCAUUUUCUCUAGCGGAAAUGAUCUCCAUCCUAUGGUGAUAGUUUGUACUUCUGUGAGAUCUCCAAAUCCCACUUGGAGGUUAGCAAUCCUGUCCCUGAGACACCAAUUCUGGUACUUUGGCCUUCUUCAUCUCUAACCAUGCAUCAUUUUAUAUGGAAUUUUGGAAUGGCACAGAAUUUUGACUGGGAAAAAAAAGGCCUUCCACUCUCAAAAUAAGCAAAAGAGCAAUUUUCUUCAUUCCCUUCCUGUUUUUUUUUUAAAACAACAACAUCAAGUAUACAUGAUUUGAGCGAACCUUCGGUGUCAUAAAUAUUUAGUUGCAGGCUGAGCAUUAGUAUGUUUGUAUACACUUCUAACUUAUAUUACCUUAGCUAACAUUUUAGACUGGUUAUCCUUUUUUUUCCAUCUCUUGCGCCAAAAUGUAAAUAUAUAUUUUUACUUAGGAGCAUACCCUGUUCAUUUCAGUGGGCCACAGCUCCAUCUCAAAAGCUUGCAUCUGUAGUAUUAGUAGUCAGGACUUCCUCUUCAAAUUCUGUUCCUUGCCUCUUUUCUGUUAUUCAUCCCAUUCCAUAGUCUGUUCCAUAGUCUCCUAUACUGCACAUCAAUCUGUUUCGUUGCCAUUUUUGAACAUCCCCUCUCUUUAUCAAGCUCAGAGCAUGUCACAGAGAACUUUGAGAAGGAAGGUGAGAUGCUGAUAAGGGCUCUUUAAUGGUUCACUCCCACCUUAGCUCGGAAAGUGGCUUGUGGAGGGUGGAUGGAUAAAACGGGGCCUAGGAUGGGGAUAGGCAAGAGAAAACCAUUGAUAAAGGAAAGAGUGCUGGAUCCGCCCCCCCCCCCCAACCAAAAAAAGAAAAGAAAAGAAAA